CGCUUGACGUUUCAGUAGCAGAGAGUAGCAGAGUCUAUUGUCUAAGCGCGUGGACUACACAGAACAGUAUUACGGAGAAUCGGUAGAUGCAGUUUUCUUACCAAAAUGGCGACGACUAAAGUGUAGUUAGGUGCAAUGAAGAGAAAAACUGGUUUUAGCGCGAUUUUGUUUUACAUGGUAUCAAGUAGCUGACCAGCUUUGGACAUGUGGAUAAAAAUUCGAUUGAAUGUCACUUAUUUAGAUGGAUACUGCAGAUAAUGUGGAUAUUACGCGAUAACAGAUUGCUUUGCUUUUUCUCGCGUGUUUGAUUCUGUCUCCUGGAAUAAAACGUGCAAGGUUUUUCAUCUUUCUAAUAGAGGAUGUUUCUGAGUUGUUUUUUUUUUUUUCUUAAAAUUAAUUAGUGAAGCAUUUUUGCAUUUGUUCGUGGAAUUCUUGGAAUAAAUUAUUCACUUAAAGAGUGAUUAUAAUUUGUCAUCGGCUUUUUCUCUAUUCUGUGCGUACUGUCAUAAUGCGGGACUGUCCCUAAAUCGGCUUCAAAAUUGUUGCAUUAGAGAAUUUCGAACUUCCGUCUCCCUCCAAGACUGGUUCAAGCAUGGCAUCUGUUGCAGCCUGGUUACCCUUUGCUCGUGCGUCUGCCAUAGGGUGGGUGCCCGUCGCGAAAAACCCAUUACCCCACUCUCGGGUCAAAGGCGUGGAAGAUGGUCGGGGGGACGACAAGCUUUUGAUCAAUGUAAGUGGCAGGAGGUUCGAGACUUGGCAAAAUACCUUGGAUAAGUACCCCGACACUCUUCUUGGAUCGAAUGAAAAGGAUUUCUUUUACGAUGAGCAAUAUAAGGAGUACUUCUUCGAUAGGGAUCCGGAUAUUUUUAGACACAUUUUAAAUUAUUACCGGACUGGUAAACUCCACUAUCCCAAACAUGAAUGUAUAUCAUCCUACGAUGAGGAGCUGGCUUUUUUCGGUAUUAUGCCGGACCUUAUCGGAGACUGCUGUUACGAAGAUUAUAGAGAUAGGAAAAGAGAAAACAGCGAAAGACUUUUGGACGACAAAGCUUCUGAUGCAGGGGACACGGAACCCCUUGAAUCAAUCCGCGCUGAAAUGUGGCGAGCUUUUGAAAAUCCGCAUAUUGGCACAGCCGCUCUUGUAUUCUAUUACGUCACCGGUUUCUUUAUCGCCGUUUCUGUGUUUGCAAACGUUGUUGAAACUAUUCCAUGCGGGACAGUUCCGGGCACGGGCAAAAGGCUUUCAUGUGGGGAUAAGUACUCUGUAGCAUUUUUCUGUUUGGACACGGCCUGUGUAAUGAUUUUCACGGCGGAAUAUAUGUUACGUUUUUACGCUGCGCCGGAACGCUUAAAAUUCAUGCGAAGCGUCAUGUGUAUAAUUGACGUUGUUGCUAUCAUGCCCUACUACAUCGGUCUGCUAAUCCCAGAAAAUGAUGACGUCAGUGGAGCCUUUGUGACCCUUCGAGUGUUUCGUGUUUUUAGGAUUUUCAAAUUCUCUCGUCAUUCACAAGGUCUGCGGAUUCUCGGCUACACCCUGAAGAGCUGCGCAAGCGAAUUGGGUUUCUUGCUCUUCUCCUUAACUAUGGCUAUCAUAAUAUUCGCCACUGUUAUGUAUUAUGCAGAGAAAAAUGUUCCGAAGACAAAGUUCACGAGUAUUCCCGCUUCGUCCUGGUACACAAUUGUUACCAUGACGACUCUAGGUUACGGUGACAUCGUUCCAAAAACUAUACCUGGCAAAAUAGUGGGCAGUGUAUGCUCCCUGAGUGGUGUGCUGGUCAUUGCGCUUCCUGUACCUGUUAUUGUCUCAAAUUUUAGCAGAAUAUAUCAUCAAAAUCAACGGGCUGACAAACGGAAAGCACAAAAGAAAGCCCGUCAAGCUCGCAUUCGCAUGGCGAAGAACGCGAGUGGGGCAGCGUUCUUAAAUAGCAAGAAACGCGCAGAAGAGAUGGCACUGGCUCAAGAAAGUGGUAUUGAUAUUGGGGAGUCAUUUCGUGAUCAGGAUAGAUUCAAUAUGCAACAUCAUCAUUUGUUAAAUUGUUUAGAAAACACAACGGAUCGAGAGUUUGUAGAGAUGGACAUGACAUUUACGCCAAAUGAAAAACCAUCGGAAACUCCGCCUCCGUCGCCAGACCCUUCUCUGGCUUCUUUAAAUAGACGGGAUGAUAUAUCAUGCUGUGGUAGAAGGUUAUCAAGCAACAGAAGAUUUUUAAUGGGAAAGAAACGGAAUCGGCACACAGAGGAGCAGGACGAGUUAAAUGAUAUUCAGAUACGCCUACCAACAUUACAUCGAUCCUCAAGAUCGAGUUUGAACGCUGUAGAUAACAUGAACAAUAAAUCUAACAAUACCCUGACAGUUACCCAAGCAAUGGUUGCUCCAACGCCAAGCACUACACCGGAGACCGAGUCCUCAAAGACCACACAGAGCACAAGCACCGCAGUAUCUCCAACACAGGGGCAUGCGCCUAGUCAUACUCCGAACACAAACGUAGUGAGAAUAUCUACUUUAUAACACAGCACCAAAAAUAUGUACUCUAUUUAUCCAAAACAAUUAGAGACCCCAUUUCCAGACUUCCGCUGGAAAUAACACGGCCAGAAUACAUGGGAGGAGGAGUUUGAACCAGUGAAAGGGAAGGAUAUGUCAAAAUUUGACAUGAUUGUGUAAAAAUUCAGCUCAACGAUAGUCUUCUUACAAGUUAAUAAAUAAAUGUCGUACAUAUAUGAGUUUCUACGCACAGCAUUAUUUAUAUAGUACUAAUGCUGAGAAAACAUGAGGUUUGCCUCGAAAAUUGGAUUAUACCUAAUGUAAAAACCUGUAUACGCGACAUAAAGAAUAUCAAAAAAUAUAUAUAUAUUAAAGAUAUUAAAAUGAAAUAUUUUACGAAUUAAUUAUGAUCAAAAUCUACCACCAACGCUGAAUGGAGCGAUAAUCAAAACUAACGGAAGCAAAACGAAAAUAAACGAUAUCACCCCGUAAUGUAAUCGUGAAUGCUCGAUAAUUCCCGGAUGGCUUCACGAAACGUAGAAAUCGCCGACCUGACCAAAACAAAGAAGAAAGCGGGUUUGGGAAGUUGUAAUUGAGGAAAAUGUAUCUGAGGAUGUUGUAAGUACACAGAAGUGGAUGACAAAAUGUUAACUGUUAUUUACUGGUGAUAUUUUAAAAGAUAAUAAUCUUUUUAUAGAAUGUACAUUAGUAGACAUAUUUCACAAGAAUUUUUGUUACUUGUUACGUCUUAAAGUAUUAUAACAUUACCCUUUCUUAUGUGUGUCACCUUCAAAUUUUUGUACAAAUAUUUGACCUUGCUCAUUUUAAGAUAUUUCCUUUUUAUUGUUAUUGAUGCAAAAAGAAGUUGAGACCAUCUUUGUUCAUAUGUAUAUACUUAACUGCCUUUUGCAUCAUUAAGUUGGUUUAUUGUUGAAAGCUAUGAUCAACAUACGUUUUGAGAAUGUAAUUUCUGAAAACACGUGCGAUAUUUGUGUGAGAAUGGUUUUGAAACGUUUUUCUUUCUCUUAUGACUAUAAAUAGUUACAAAUAUAAAUAGACAAUGCACUUUGCACGUUUUUUUUUUGUAUAUGAGAAAGUUUACAAUAGUUUAUACACCAUUUCCUCUCUUUUCCAUAUAAUGGUUGUAAUUUGCGCCAUAUCAUGUUUGUUUGUGAUUAUGUUACUUAUUAAAGUGUAUAAAUGUGGGUUUUUUAAAGUAAUUCGAGUGGCUACUACAUAUUCUUAGAAAAUCUAUUUUUAUUGUUUCUAAUAGUCAUCUAUUAAAGAUUUUAGGAUUCAUUAUUGUUAACAGUCUGCGUUAGAAUUAAGAUUCUGGUUCAAGAAAGCGAAAUGUUAUUUUAAGUAAAUUGUGCUUGAUAUAGGCAGCAUUUAAGAUUAGUAUCAAAAUUCUCCAACGUUUUCAAAGAACAAAGUACGAUUAAACAAUGCAGCAAUGGAAAGGAGAAUAUUGACUUCUUCAGUCUAUGUCUUUAUGUUUCGCACACACUGUCGUAAUGUAAAGGCAGAUUCUUGGGCUUCAUGUCAGUUAUAAAAAGUUUAAACUGCCGAGACCUCUAGUUAAGUACACAUGGCAAACACCUGAAAAGCUGAUAAAGCGAUGGUUAUGUCAGUUAUAGAAAUACUUUACCAUCUUAUAAGUUAGUGAGGCAAUGGCAAUGGUUAUAUCAUUUAAGCAAACAAGAUAUUCACCCAGAAAGUUAGAAAUUUUAACAAACAAAGACACCAUCAUAAUGUAACAAACAAGAUUCACAUCAAGAAGCUAGUGAGAUAAUGUAACGGCUAUAUCACUAUAACAACAAGGUUACCACACAAAAAAAAACUAGUGAGGUAAUGGCUGUGCCAAUGUAACAAACAAGUUAUCUUCAUAAAGAAAAUUGUUAUGUCAAUGUAACAAACAGGUUACCUACAGAAAGAAAAUGGUUACGUCAAUGUAACAAACAAGUAACCUACAGAAAGGAAAUGGUUACGUCAAUGUAACAAACAAGUAACCUACAGAAAGGAAAUGGUUAUGUCAAUAAAACAAACAAUUAACCUACAGAAAGGAAAUGGUUAUGUCAAGGUAACAAGAAAGGAAAUGGUUACGUCAAUGUAACAAAGAAGUUAUCUGCAGUAAGGUAAUGGUUAUGUCAAUGUAUCAAAGAAGUUAUCUACAGUAAGGUAAUGGUUAUGUCAAUGUUACAAACAAGUUAUCUACAGUAAGGUAAUGAUUAUGUCAAUGUUACAAACAAGUUAUCUACAGUAAGGUAAUGGUUAUGUCAAUGUAACAAAUAAGGUACCUACAGUAAGGUUAUGGUUAUGUCAGUUUAACAAACAAGUUAAUCUCACAAAAAGCUAAUACGGCGAUGGUUAUGUCAAUGUAAUAAACUAGCAAGGUAAUGAUUUUAUCAAUGUAAAAAGACGCAUAGAACACCAAAGAGGUAAUGUAAACCACAAAAGGGCUAGUGAAACAAUAUUGAUGUGUUUAGCAUGUGUUAGACACUGAUGCUGGAUUUUAUUGAAAAGUCUUAAAAUCUUAAGUACGACGAGUUUUGAUUAACUAGAUUGUAUGGAUCGAAAUAGAAACUAGUAUUUAAAUUGUGCAUUAUAACGUUAUUGUAAACUAAAUCAUGUCGUGGAAUCUUUAUCAAAACUUUUUUUGAACAUUAAGUAUGUACUACCCGCGUUGAAAAUGUUUUAUUACUGAUUUAUUUAACUGUUGUUUUGACUGAUGAGUUAGAAUCUUGUGAAGUUAAAAUGAAUCCGAACUAAUUAGUGUAUAACAAAUCUAUGACAGCGCUUUGAAGCGAAACUUAUGUCUCUAAAACUCAUAAAACUUUACACUCUCUUCCAAGCAAACAUUAUAUAUCAAGCCAAUAUUAGACUUGCAUGUGUCGGACCGGUAUGGUUUCAACAUCUUGCCGGUUUUAAGACUGCAAGGUUGAAAAUUUAUCAGUCUGAAUUUUGUUUCCCUGACGAUCUUAGAGUUUUAAUGUCGACUGAAUGUCGGACCAAUGUCAUAAACAAUAUCGGUUUGCCGACAUUGGUCCAAUACAGCAAUGUUUUCUAGGUUAUGAUUUUUUAUAACGAGAUUAAUAAGUGAAGUUAUGCGUGUAAAAGUAUGUUUUUUGUUUAAUUUUAUUUAUUCAAGAUGAGAACAGAGAUGCUAUUUCAUGUUUUUCCGUUUUGUCAAAAUAAGGUGAUACUUGAACAUCUCCAUUGACUUUUUUCUUGUUAAUAUGUUAUUAUUAGUAAUAUUUUUCUCUUCAAUUCCAGUUUGUUUCUUAGUUAAAAGAUUAUUUAGCAGUAUGUGAUGUAAAAUUGUUUUGUACAUAUAACGUUUUGUGAUCGAAGAGUGAAGAAUAUUACACGGUAAUAUAAAAAAGUUACAAGUAAUCCUGAAUAAAUGCUUAAGCUGACAUUCUUGUUUUAAUCAAAGAUGUCUGAGUUUUUUUUCCUUUGGUUUAGAGCACAUUUUGUUCCCGGAUAAUAAAAUGUUAUUAGUCUUUGCGAGAUCUUAACCAGUGGCAAUCUUCAAUCUUUAUAAUCUCUAAACUUUAUUUAAAUCCUCGAAUGCAAUUCUAGACAUCUUGUUGACUGUAUUUUUAAAGAUUUGGUUCGUCGUGGACCUAAUAAUAUUACCAGAUUUUUUAUUUCAGACUUUUGAUAGUUCUUAGAAUGUAGAGCAGUAAUGUACAGUUAACCGUAUGAUAUUUUUAACUCUUUGAAAAUAUGUCACCGUGUAUGUAUGUGAAAUCGUUUAAGGAAUGUUAUAAGUCCAACAUCUCACUUAAGUCCUUCUCUGUAUAGGGUGGAUUGUUUUUUAAAGAUAAAUUAUCCCGAUAUAAAUAACUGUUCACUUGACUAUAUCAUUGUAAACUACAUGACCAUUUUGGAGUCAUUAUAAUAUUGUUACUGACUGUAUGUUAUACAUACAUAAUCACUGUCACAGAUAACCACAGAAGUAGCUCUUAGAAAAUUGAAUAAGCGCUGUUAUCCAAAUUUUAGAAAUUCGAUUCGAAUUAGAAGCCAUGAUGUUUCAAAAGCGUCAAAAUGAAAAUAAACUUGUACAUUUUGAACCGUUGAUUCAGUUGUGUAGAAGAUAUUAGAAGAAAUGUGCAUUUCCAAAUUAUUCAGAGCUAAAUUUCAUGAUAUUUAUCUGACAUAAAAGACUUUUAUGACAUACAAAGUCUGCAUGUGAUCUUAAUCAAAAACAUUAUCAGGUACAUUCAAAGUUUACUACCCACUUGCUUAAAGUUCAAAAUAAUGCUUACUUUGAUAAUGUACAGACUCGCAUUUAAAACCCAACAGAAAUUCGUGUUUUUAUUUGAUAUUUAUACUCGGAUAUAUGCUCAAUUACUUUUAUUACAUUUGCUAUUCCACAGAAUAUAUGAGCCGUGCCAUAAGAAAACCAACAUAGUGGGUUUGC